AUGAGCGACACAGGCACAGCCUUCCUGUUGCUUCUGGCUCACGUUCAGGUUCAGAUUGCACUUUGCCAUUUCUUCUUCAACAUCUUUGGCAUUGUACUGUGGUACCCGAUCCCUUUCAUGCGGUUGCCCAUCAGGUUGGCAAGAGGGCUAGGGAACAAAACUGCCAAAUAUCGCUGGUUUGCUAUCAUCUACCUGAUUUUGGUCUUCUUGGUUUUCCCCCUGACUGUCUUUGGUCUGUCAAUGGCUGGCUGGAAAGUACUGGUUGGCAUCGGUGUGCCUUUCGUUGCUUUAAUUAUCUUUGUGAUCGUUAUCAAUGUGAUGCAAUCUCGCUGCCGACGCUUCUUGCCCAAGUUCCUCCGUACCUGGGACUUUUUACCCCGGCCCCUGCAUUCGAUGGCCCCGUGGGAUAGCAUCAUUACCUCAGCUUCAAGCUUUUGUUGCAAACACUGCUGCUGCUGGUGCAAAUGCUGCAAGUGCUGCAAGAAAAAGGAGGAGGAGGAAGCGAUUGAGACGAGCAGGAAGCCAAGUCUGGAGAUGUACGAUAACCCAGCCAUGUCUAAAGAUGAGGACACAAAGGAGGCCACUAAAGGAACACGAUUUUAGUGUAUUUAAGUUUAAUUUGUAUCUAUAUGCAAAACUAAAUGCAAUAAUGUAUUUAUGAUACACUUGUAAUUGUUCAUCACUUCUCAGGUUGUGAUAUAUUAUUGAUUCCCUCUUAAUGGGUGAUACACUGAGCAUUGUAGUGAACACUGGUGGAGAAUAUGAACAGAAGUGUUGCACAUAUUAUGAAUUGACUGUUGUUGGCCACGUGAUGUUUAGUUUUAUGAUGUUUUUUAGUAAAACAUCAUAAGAUUUACUGC